CCUAACCGUCUUCAGUCUCACUUUAGUUGGCAGCCUAAGUGGAUUGAACUCCCAGAACUGACCGCAUAUACGAUACGCCUUGGCACAAUAUCUAAUCUGACUUUGCCUCCUCGGAAUAAUCUCAAGAGUUGGUUGAGUCAAGAGAAGAGAUACAAACAUACUUUUUAUGACGAGAUAGAUAAUAAUAAGUGAUUGUUUUACCAUUUACGACACGUGAUCUUAUCAAAAAUACGCCGAUUAACAAGUUAUCAUUGACGUUUUAUCUAAGAAAAAGGUUGAUAAAGGAUCUAGUUCUUAAUAACUAAUAUUUUGGAAUUUUGAGAAUUAUAUUUGUGACGGUGAAAUCAUUCAUUUUUGGUGAAACGUGUGAAAAAUAUUGCACCAAAUUUGUUACAAGUGGAAUAUUUUCUUUAAUGGGAACGAGAACUAUAUGAUUAAAAAUUUGUGGAUUUUUUGAAGAUCAAAUUUGAAAUCGCCAAGUUAUCGUUGUUGUUAAAAAGAAAAGUUGUGACUGGAAAAAAGUGUGAAAAUUGUGGUGUACAAAAUAAGUAACUGUUGAUUGACUCAUGACCCGAGAAACGGGGGGUGUGUACAUGGAGCGCGGAGGUUUUGGGGGGGAGGAGGCGAUGGGCGCAGACGGAUUCUUCGCCGACCCACGCGUCGCCAGAUACUACUCGCAACACAGCGUCAUGCAGUCCCAGUACUCACAACAAAUGAGUCGUAUGUCCACCGGAGCAUCAAGUAGUAGUCCGCCCGUGUCCAGUAUGGGGGCAAAUGGUCAAUUUCGUCACCCCCAGUUCCACCAGCCGGCCUCCUUGCAUCACCCCUGGCUCGGUGAGAGGGGCUGGUCCAUGGCGACGUCAGGCUACAAAUCCUUCCCAUUUCCCCCCACGCCGCCGAAGGACUCGUCCACCCCGGAGGCAGCCACGAAUCUGGCAGCCGCCGAUUAUUCCUGCCCCUCAGUCCCCACCAACAACUCGUCCAGCGAUGAUCUCAAAGUUUUCAGCAAUAUAAACCAAACCAAGGGAGGCGUGGGGGGCAGAGGGGGCGGUGGCGGCGGCGACGUUGGCGGCGGUGGUGGGGUCGACUACUACAACAACAACUACUUCCCCCCCUCCUCCCAGUCCUUCCUGUAUCACAAUAGUAGCACGCACAGCAGUAAAAAUUCCAGUCCGGCCACACCCACCUUCUCCUCCACGCCGAACCACAACAAUAACACCAGCACCAACUCGAAAGGGAGUCAUAAUCCGAAUUCGCAGAAAAAUAAUGGCAAUAAGAGUCGAUCAAGUGCAGUAUCACUGGAUGCCGGGCAAGGACAGUCGGGCAGUGGUAAUCGGUGGGAUCAUGGUGAUGAGGGUCGUGAGUGUGUCAACUGUGGGGCGACGUCGACCCCCCUGUGGCGUCGGGAUGGGACGGGUCACUAUUUGUGUAACGCUUGCGGUCUCUACUACAAGAUGAACGGGCAAAAUCGACCCCUCAUCAAACCCAAGAGACGACUCUCCGCAGCGCGUCGUGCGGGGACGAGUUGUGCAAACUGUAAAACGACGACGACAACCCUUUGGCGACGGAAUCAAAAUGGAGAACCGGUCUGCAAUGCGUGCGGACUUUACUAUAAACUUCACAAUGUGAGUAGACCGAUAACGAUGAAGAAGGAGGGGAUCCAAACGAGAAACCGGAAGUUGAGUGCGAAGGGUAAAAAGAAAAAGGGGUCGCUCGGACUGCCCGACAAUCUCAAUAAGACGGCCUUCUCCUCCUUCAACCAUGCCGCGUCCACGAUGUCGCCAUACAUGUAUCACAACGGCGCCACGUAUGGUCACCAUCACCACGGCGGUGGCAUGGGUGGAGGCUUCGUGCCCCCUGCGCCACCCAUGUCGAUGUCCGGCGUAGGGAUGGGAAUGGGGAGUUUGGGUCACCUUUCCAGUCAUCACGGCUCCCUGGGCUUCCCCUCGCAAUAUAUGACGGUCAGUUAGUGCGACGACGACGAUGACGACGUAAAUAAAUAAAUAAGCAGCGUUUUAAUCAGGGUGCCCAAAAGUCGCUUCUCUUCACCACUGACAAGUUCUGGGAUAAAUAGUCAUCUUCACCUUCUCGGCAGAUCUCUUUAGUCAUUUCUUCACUCAUCUUCACAUACACACGCCACACCUCUGGAUAAGCCGGCUGAGAAGAAGAUGUCGCAUUUGAUACAGAUUUAAUUAAUUAAUUAAUUAGCGACAUGAUUACAUACAUAGUUAUCCGUUUCCUAUACACUUACUUGUACUUGCUAGAUACAAAUUUAUGUAAGUUUAUGUAAGGACAAAAAAUCCGGUUACCAUUUACCUACCUACCUAUUUACUUAUAAGAUAAACCAGGUCCAGCCACCCACCCACCCCAGAAAAAGCUACCUCUUUAUAUUAAUUACGUAAUACGUAAUACAACAAAAUACUCUGUUUUUAUACCGUCAUUUUCAUUAUUACGUCAUGAUUAACUAAUUAAUUACAAUUAUAUUAUUGUUACUUUUUAUGUAUUAAAAAUCCGUUGUUGCAAUACGCAAAUGAUUUAAUUUUACAUAUUUACUUGAGGAGAAAAUUUGGUUUGCUUUCUGUUAUGAAACGAACGAAGAUGUUUUAAACCUGAGUAUACUAAACUGUGCAAUAAUUUUAAUAUUUUAAACUCACCGGCGUCUAACUGAAGCUAAAUGUUAAAGUUAAAUGUACAUUUACAAUAAAUACUCGCAUAUAAACAGAGUCUUAUGAAGAAUUGUUAACGUAAUUAGGAGGGGGAGGAGCAGGUGUAUUAAUAGCUGUAGAGACGUGCGUAAUCCUAUGAUAAUUCGCAAUUUGAUAGGCAAUUCCAGGCCGGCUUUGCUUAUUAAAUAGAUAGUUUAAAAUUAAUGACAUUUACAUAACCUAAAAAAAUCGUCACAAAAUGAGAAUAUGAUGACGAUAAAAGUGAUAGAUUUUACUUACUAAAUAAAUAGAUAAAAAAUAUAGACUAAAAAAUCUACCAUAAUUUAAAUAAUAAUUAAAAACUACAUCUAGGCAAUCAUCAAGGGCAAAAAGACUGAUUAGUGAGUAAAAGUGAUGACGAAAAAUGUAUCGUCUAGUAAAAAAACUGCCCUCUUUAACAUUGUUGUAGCCUCGACAGGAUAUAAAAAAUAAGUUACCAAAUAUAAUUACUUACGUAAAAAUGGGACGAAAAUGAAUAAAAAAUGUUUUCUGAUAAAGUCAAA